GGGGCUGGGGGGUCUCUGGGUGUUUUGGGGUGUCCCUAUGGGUGCGGGGGGGUCCCCGCGGGCGCCCUGACGCCCCUCCCAGGCCAGCGGGGGCCCCCCCAGCUCCGGGGCCCCCCCGGCCGCCGCCCCCCCGCUGGGGGCCGCCCCCCCCUCGCCGGGGCCCAGCAGUCGGUGAGCAACAAGGUGCUGGCGUGGAGCGGGGUGCUGGAGUGGCAGGAGAAACCCAAGCCGGCCUCGGUGGACUCCAGCACCAAGCUGACGCGGUCGCUGCCCUGCCAGGUCUACGUGAACCCCGGGGAGAACCUGAAAACGGACCAGUGGCCGCAGAAGCUCAUCAUGCAGCUCAUCCCGCAGCAGCUCCUGACCACGCUGGGGCCCCUGUUCAGGAACUCGCGCAUGGUGCAGUUCCACUUCACCAACAAGGACCUGGAGUCGCUCAAGGGGCUCUACCGCAUCAUGGGCAACGGCUUCGCGGGCUGCGUGCACUUCCCGCACACGGCGCCCUGCGAGGUGCGGGUGCUCAUGCUGCUCUACUCCUCCAAGAAGAAGAUCUUCAUGGGCCUCAUCCCCUACGACCAGAGCGGCUUCGUCAACGGCAUCCGCCAGGUCAUCACCAACCACAAGCAGGUCCAGCAGCAGAAGAUCGAGCAGCAGCGCGGCCUGGGGGCCUCGGCGGCGGUGCCCGGUGCCUCCUUCCUGCCCAAGCAGCCCGGCGCCCUCCCCGUGGCUGGGGGGGUGCAGCCCCAGAUGCCGGGGCAGCAGGUGAGCCCGGGCCUGGCCGUCGGCAUCAUGGAGGAGCAGCAGCGGCAGCAGAGCCUGUGCAGCUGCGGGCGCAGCAGCAGGCAGCCGCCGGGCAGCAGCCGCCCUCGGCCCCCCCGGCCCCCCCGGCCCCCCCCGCCGGCGCCGCCGCCCCCCCGUCGGCGCCCCCCCCCGCCGGCCCCCCCGGCCCCGGGGCCCCCCCCGGCCCCCGGGCCCCCCCCCGGGGGCAGCCAGCCCGGGGGGGCCCUGCUGCGCCCCCAGAACCCCGGCGCCAACCCGCAGCUCCGCAGCCUCCUGCUCAGCCAGCAGCCGCCGCAGGGGGGGGUCCCCCCCCCGCAGCAGCCCCUGCACCACCUGCAGCCCCCGGCGCAGCCCCCCCUCCUGCCCCACCAGGCCCUGGGCCAGGGGCAGCUGCCCCUGCUGCACCCCCCCCCGGGGCAGGCCUGGCCCGCGCAGCUGGGCCCCCGGCCCCCCCUCGCAGGCCAGAUGCUGCUGCCCCCCGGCCCGCGGGGCCCCGUGCCCCAGGGGGGGCUGCAGCCGGUGCAGGCGCCCAGUGUCAUGGAGGAGGACAUCCUCAUGGACCUCAUCUAGGGUGGCCCCCCCGGGCCCCCCCCCGCCGCCGGACCCCCCCCCAGACCCCCCCGGCGCUCAAUAAACUGCUCG